CACUUGAUUUCAGUGGCCCUGCUAACGGGGCCAGGAGACCGGUGGGCAGGACACCGCUGCUGACCACAUUAGUGUCUCUUUCUGUCUCAGCGAUGAAGGGGCAGUGAGAGCAUUUCUGAGAGAAGACUGCUUUGUACGGAAAGGCAAAUCAGAGGUCAGGAUCCCUUCCUCCUUUUAUAGUCCUGCAGGUGCCAGCUCCUGGUUAUGCUCUAGUUAUAUGUUGGAAGAGCCUAAACUCACAGGUGGUGAUGCCAACACACUGUACCACUCAAGCAUCCUUCCUUGUGAGCCAGUCAAGUGAAAAGCGGAACUCUUUAAUCCUCAUGACUUCAUGAGAAUUCCACCAUGAAGCUUUACAAGAAGCUUCCUGCCCUGUGGUCAACUGGGAAGGAUACAGGGUGCAAAUGGUGAUAGACUCCUGUUCCUUUUUUUGUUUUGUUUUGUUUUUGUUUUUGUUUUUGUUUUUUUAGAAGAAUAACCCAUAUUCAUGUGUUUGAAAAGAUACAUGGGAUUCCAUUAACAGUGGUCCCUCCUGAGAUUGGGAGGGAGAAUGGGGUAAAAAGAAAGCUUCAGUUUUUGAUCCCCAUCCUACUGUACACAUGUGUUUAACCACUGGCCUGCAUCAUUACUGUCACAAGAAGCAUGGUUAAAACACACCCCCAGCCUGAAGCUCAAGGACUAGGUAGCUGGGGCUAGACCUUCCUGUCCCACCCAGGAUCCUCACUGCCAGCACCCAGCCUGGGCUGAGGAAGAUGUAAGAUUUCUGUUCCUACACAGUGAAGCUAGCAGGUGGGUCUCAUGGGGCACAGCAGAUGGAGAUGGAUUUGCUGAUGAAACCUCUGCUAGGUUAAGCCCUGACACAUAGACCCUGGUGGACACACAUGGGACGUAAGGAUGUGCCUCCUUGCUGAGCAGGUUGCAGCUGAGAAAAGGGGUGUGAUUGUGGGAGGGCAGGUAAGUAGUUCUGACACCUCAGGCCAGCCCUCAUGAGCACCUUGCUCUAGUCCCUGCUGUAGGGGCAGCUUCUAGAGACUAGCCAUGUUUGGGAGGAGCUUGCAGACCCUUGUGGGUUUCUCUGGGGGUUUUGACCAGCAUGUAGCCUAGGCUGGUCUCCAGCUCUUGGCAGCCCAGGUUCUGGGGUCACAGAUGGGUACCAGCACAUUGGAUCCCUGUUUGCAUUUCUUGUGCUUGGCAUCUGUGCACAGGGCCCUGGCGGAAGUGCGGCGUGCUGAGCAGCCUUGCCCUCGUGCUCUCGGCUCUGCAUGCUUCACUUCCUCCUUCCCCAGCGCCAUCAUGUUCUUCAUGAAGUGUAGCUUCCAGAAUUAUGCGCAGCAUACUUUAUUUACCUCGUCCAUUCAUUCCACCCAUUUACUGUUGACUCAUUCAGCUAAUUAUAAUUGUGUGUUCAUUACUGUGAAGUGCCAGGUGCUGAACGAGGAACUAGGGAUGUUGUUGGGAAAGGUGUCCAGAGGCUCGCUUUACUGAGGGAGGUUGGGCUUCAAAGUAGUGUCUUCUGGGAGUAGUAAACAUCUGCCACUUGGGCAUCCUGGCAUGAAUCCACGGAUCUGAGAGCCCCUGCUCCCUACAGGUAGUCCUGCAGGCAUACAUGUUAGCCACUCUCCUACUCAGGCUGAGGACCCUGGAGACACUGCUUCCAUUCUGCUCAGGAAAUAUGCAGUAGAGUUUUGGCCAAGGAGGAGGCCAUUCUCCAUCCACAGUGUUGUCCAGGACAAUAUCUGUUCUCUCCUCUGUCUUCUGUGCCUGGUCUUUGCAUUUUCUGCCUUGGACAGAUAGUCUUCCAGAAGAUAGGAGCUAUUAAAAAAUUAUAAGGUAUAAAUGUCAGGAUCCCAAACCACCUACUCCUAUGAGCUAGCCCUUGUGGCCUUGAGCAGGUGUCCAUGCCCAAGGGUUUCAACAUCCACUGAAGGUUGGAGCAAACCCUGGGGAAGGAUUGUCUCUUUGGUUGCAGAAGCCAAGUCUGCAAGUGUGCUCAGGGCCAUGGUGAUGGGCAGGGUUGCUUCUCUUUGUUUUUUAGCUUGUGUAUGUUGAUGAAGGAGAGUCGGUGAAUUAGCGCGAUUAUCAAGACAGUGCAUGGGAUUCCCAAGGUUUGUGUUCUCUGUUCUGGUGCCAUCUGGAAAGUGUUUCCAGUAACUUCAUAAUGAGAAGAAAGCUGUUGUUGUUGUUGUUUGUUUGUUUGUUUUGAGACAGGGUUUCUCUGUGUAGUUUUGGUGCCUGUCCUGGAUCUUACUCUGUAGACCAGGCUGGCCCCGAACUCACAGAGAUUCGCCUUGGCUCUGCCUCCCGAGUGCUGGGAUUAAAGGUGUGUGCCACCACCGCCUGGCCUGAAAGCAUUAUUUUUAAUCUCAGAUGAAGAUAAUUUGGUUGUGACUUCUAGAUUCUUCUAUCCACUUGCUUGUUCAUCCCUCCGUGAGCCUGGAGAUUUCUUAGACCACGUUGUUUGUUCUUGUGCUCUGGCUUCAGGAUCCACAGCCCAUUGCAAGAGUUGCCAGGCUGUGGUUUGUAGUGUCGCUUCUGGACUCUUGAAUGUUGAGUGCUCAUGCAGUCGGCUGCUUGUGAGAACUGCUCUUGUUCUACUGUUGAACUUGGUGUAGAUCUCUGUGCUGUUCCUUGAUCUCACUGCAUGCGUCUACACAUGCAAUGGGGUGUUGUAAGCAUGCAAAGCUGUGAUUUGGAGCAGCAGGAUUUAUAAGACAGAGUGUGUAUGUGUUUCUUCCAUAGGUCAGGAAUUUUGUCUUCAGACAGGGUGAUAGACACCUGCAGGAAACCCAGACACUGUGAGCACUGUCAAGGGUUUCUGCAUUCAGCACAAGAACAGGGCUCUGAGGUAGGACUGUGUCCUCUGUGGCUCUUGGAGGACAACCCCAAGUAAAAGACAAAAGAAUUCUUAAAUUCUUAAUUCUCAAAUGCGAAGCUUAUAUAACAUUUUUUUCUUGUUUAAAAAUACAUAGAUUUUAUUUUAUUUCUUUUUAACUUCAGAAAUACAAGUUUAUUUAAGAAAAGCCUUAACUCAUGUCAGGUUUUAGGAGUAGGAAGAGUUGAAAUUUGGCAAAGAUAGAUGAAGAGAAGCAUGGCUAGUGAGGUCUGUGGGAAGGACGGCAGCCUGGAGACCAGUGUGAGCUCAGCGUAGCACACCAGCAUGUUGGUAAGGGGAGGGAGGUUCGGGAAGUUGAAAGGGUGAUUAUUUAUUUUGCCCGUAAGAUACAUUUUCAUGUUCCUGUUUGUUCCCAUUUCAAAUAGUUGACGUUAUCUUCAAUUGUUUUCUCUUCGCAAAACACAUGUUCUUUUUCAGUAGUACACACUGUGCUACACAUUACAAACCUGUACCAGUAAGAGACAUAGAAUUUUUCUUCUCAGUAGAACAGGCUUUCUGUCACAAUGAGCUAUGGCCGUAGACUCUAUCGGGGACAAAUAAUUGACCACAUGCAAGCCUGCAGCCCUGGUGCAACGUGAGAAAGCCGCAGUGGCUGUGCAGGCUGGCGCCCGUCCCUCCUGAGGUCUCCUCGUUUAUCAGCUUCCAUAGAACCCCAUGAACGAGUGGUCUGACUUCAGUCUUGAUGUACAAUUGGAUGGGGACACCUCUCUUAUAAAAGAAAGAGCUGCUUAAAACUGUGUGGUCUGCUUUAGCUGGAUGCUCAUAUGUGGUGUCUGACCUUAUAAAUGAUGCUAGUGAGAGUCCAGGUGAAUUUAAAGAUACCAUCUCUCCACAUCUUCCAGUUUUACGUGCAUUUGUAAACAGUGAGAACAGCACUGCCUGUUUUGUUCACGAGUCAAUACUUUCUCUGUUGAAACACACAUGGGAAUAAUGCAGAUUGGAAAUUAAGCUCUAUGGCUCUCAUUAAUAGAGACCGUGACAAUUUAAAGUUGUCCUUUGUGUGGUAUUCUGGAGUAUUCAUGUUCUACCCCUUGCAGCAGUGAAUCUGUGGAGAUCUGCUAAAGAACGUACCAGGCCAGAGCUGAGGGCUAAGCCAGAGGUUUGCCUGGUCAGUAUACCCCCACAAGGACAUGCUUGGUGGCCGGGGAGUGGGGUUGUUUCCACAGUGACCAGCAAGGCAGGCCUGGGCAGACUGGCACUUGAGUACUGGAGCCUUCUCUGGCCCCUGUGUAGAUGCUACAGGAAGAUCCAAAGCCCGGGGUCUCCUUUACUGUCUCAAUUUAACAGCCUGUUGUCCUGGUUGAUUUGCUUCGUGAACUGCAGUUGUAUUGCAUGGGUUACUAAGAGCAAGCUUGUGGAAUGGAGUGGGGAUUCUGCAAUCAGCUGGCCCAGGUUUUAAUCUGUCCCAUUACCAGUAGCAUGUGCCUUAAGGCAGGCUGUUUAACUUUUUUGUAUUUCAAUUCUGUAUUUAUGAUUGAAAUAAUGUUUCUCAGCUCAGCUAGGUUUUUUUUUUUUUUUUUUUUGAGAAUUAAAAUCAUAAACAUGAAGACUUUCCAUUAGUGAAGGCUUAGGUGGCUGAGAACCUCUAGGACCUGUAGUCUGCAGCACAUAUUUGAAGGACACACCAUUAGCUCAGACAUAGAUGUAACGUGGGCCUGCAGUGGUGAUGUGGACAAUGGUGGAUGUGGUCACAACCCUCAGGCCUUGGGUCCAUUUCCGUCAUCAUAGCCCUUGCUGGAUGCUGGGGUAGGUGGAGGCCAGGCUACCGGAAGUGUGUGGGGUGCUGAGGAUGACAGUUGGAGUCUGAGUGAGUUUGUUCUUGGGGAUCAGAGGCUUGUUCCUUAAGGUAGUGUGUGUGUGUGUGUGGGGGGGUUUUCCCUUCAUUUGUGAGAAUUUUAGAUUUACUUCUUUAUUGUUAGGUAAGCAAAUAUGAAUUUGUCAGAUGCAUUGAAAAAUAAAUGCACAUGAUUGCAAGGAAGGAAGGUGGUAGAUGUUGCUCACCCAGUGCUGCAGUAUGCCCCAGCAAGUUCACAAAGUGUUGUCUGUGAGGGCGUCUAUUGACCACUGUCUUUUGGUUAUCAUUUGGGUCUUUUGAAUUAGCAUUUAAAAAUUCUGUGCUUUGGAGGACCUCUAGAUCCUUUCAAAUCCAUUCAUUGCCUCCAGGCAAAAUAAAUAAAUAACCAGGCCAGCCUGUGAUCUCCCUCCCACUCGCUGGAAUUUCAAAUUUAAAAAACAAAAACUUUCUGUCAUUUCAAAGUAAGGGAAGUACAGCCAGUGGACAUGCAGCUGAAGCAAAGAAAUGGCUGGUGUGCAGAGGGCGGCGCUGAGACUGGAGGAUGGCUGCGGUCCACGCACAGUCUAGUUAACCCUUCCGAGCAGUUCUUGGACACAUGUUAACAUGUGGUUCGUGGUCUUGUGACUGAGGUAACUGGCCCACCGUGGUUUCAGCAGCAGUUCCUGCUGCUGUCCCACCAGCACACUCACUCUGCUUCCUGCUCUCCUGGCUUAGUGCACUUGCUAAGGAGCUGGGUUUCUGACAUUUUCAUUACAUUUCUGUAGCCAAAUCGAGUCAAAGGCGCGUCCACAAGGAUGUCCAAGGAAGUUAAGAACUGGUGCGUGAAAAGAUAGGAAUGGAGUUCAGACCCUAGCAUGUCACAGGCAAGCUUGUAAUACAGCUUGCUGAUGACCGCAUGGCACUGGUGUCAGGCAUCAGCUUAGAUCCAGAAGCAGCAAUUGGUGUGACAAAGCGGUCACCUCCAAAAUGGGUGGAUGGAGUAGAUGAAGUACAGUAUGAUGUUGGCCGCAUUAAACAGAAGAUGAAGGAGUUAGCCAGCCUUCAUGACAAGCAUUUGAACAGACCCACCUUGGAUGACAGCAGCGAGGAAGAGCAUGCCAUCGAGAUAACCACCCAAGAGAUCACACAGCUCUUCCACAGGUGCCAGCGUGCCGUGCAGGCCUUGCCCAGUCGGGCACGAAGGGCCUGCUCUGAGCAGGAAGAGCGGCUACUGCGGAACGUGGUGGCCUCCCUGGCACAGGCCCUGCAGGAGCUGUCUACCAGCUUCCGGCAUGCACAGUCCGGCUACCUGAAACGCAUGAAGAACCGAGAGGAAAGAUCACAGCAUUUCUUCGACACAUCGGUGCCACUAAUGGAUGAUGGAGAUGCUGCUGCUUUGUAUGGUCAGGGUUUCACGGAUGACCAACUGGUCCUGGUAGAGCAGAACACUCUGAUGGUGGAGGAGAGAGAGCGGGAGAUCCGUCAGAUUGUGCAGUCCAUUUCUGACCUCAGUGAAAUCUUCAGGGACUUGGGAGCCAUGAUUGUGGAGCAGGGUACAGUCCUUGACAGAAUUGACUAUAAUGUUGAACAGUCCUGUGUCAAGACCGAAGAUGGCUUGAAACAGCUUCACAAGGCAGAGCAGUACCAAAAGAAGAACCGGAAGAUGCUUGUGAUCUUGAUACUGGUUGUCAUCAUCGUAGUCCUCAUUGUGGUCCUCAUCGGCGUAAAGUCUCGUUAGUGGCGCCAAGUUCUUGAGUCUGCUACUGCAUGGAUUCCUUGGGUAUGAGGGCUUCGCUGGCGCCACACUGCUGUACUGCCCACAGAGCGCAGCCCACUGGCCCAGCAACGGGCAGUGGGCCUUCCUGUGGGUGCCCCUCCUGUAGACUGGAAUGCAGCAGGCUCAGCUGUGGGUUUCCAUCUCUGUCCAGAGUUUAAGGACUGGGAGCUGUUGCUGAGGAGACUGGCCCUGUGACCAGCUGUCAUGUAAACAUGUUUUCUAGAAAGCAAGAGGAGAAAAGGUUUACAGGCAUUGCCGAGCACCAGUACGAUGUGUGUGAAUGAAGGUUUACAGGCAUUGCCGAGCACCAGUGUAAUGUGCGUGUGCUCAGUUUUAGCACUCAUGUCUGAGCAGCAUGUUAAUAAGUUUUAGGAAUUUUUUUUUUAGCCAUCUGGUUUUUAAGAAGUUUGGUACCAAAAAUUUAUGAGUAGAGGCAAAAUGCCUCUUCAUCUUCCCAGCUGAAAGCAGACCAAGAAGUCCUUCAAGAAUUUGUAAUCCGUCCCCAUUAACUUAAUUUAGCUUUUCCAUCACUGUUAACGAUCAGAGUAACAAAGUGUGAGAAAUAAGAAACCAUCAUUGAUGUUAAUUAACACAUUUAGACGGGCCAGUUAAACCAGCUUCAUGCAUUUAAAUCAAUUGUAAAUAGUGUAUUCCUCAUUCAGAAUUUUGCACUGUAUUUUCUAUUGUAAACCAAGAGCAGUUACUAAGCAAAACCUCCUGAAUCAGAGAGUUGGUCAUUUGAACCAACCUGACAUUAUAAGAAAGCUUGACAGUAUCAUGAACUAGAUUGAGCCAGUGUGUCUCUAGUCAUCCUUACUCAGUCCAUUACUUACAUUCUAGCUACGUAAUGACCUGUCCAAACCUGACUCCAUUUAAUGAACUGUAAAUUUACACAGAGGCCAUUUUAAAUGGGUCACCCCAUUUAGGAUUAGUGGAUCUCAAAUUAUUAACCAAACAUCACUCCAUUUCAAAGUAAAAUAUUCUCCCCAUGAUUUGAUUUAUCGACUCUUCCAUUGUCACUUAGCAAUGCCCAGAAAGCAGGGAUAUUCCUGAGGACAGUGAGAGCCCUAUGUGUAUGCUUGCUGUGUGUGUGUGUGUGUGUGUGUGUGUGUGUGUGUGUGUGUGUGUAGAUAUGCAUGCUCUGUGUAUGCACAUGUGCUAUGUGUAGAUACGUGUGCUCUGUGUGUGUAUGAGUGCACAUAUCACAUACAUAUCAGAUUGCCAAAGUAAGGUUCUGUUUACUUACUUGUUAACUCUGGUGCUCGAGUGCUCUGCAGAGCUAGAGUGAUGUGGACAGUGAUGGAACUUUGAAGAUGAGGGUGUGAGUGUCUCAUUUGCUGUCUUCAUUGACACUGCUGUCAUUUUAGUAGUCUUUGUGUAAUUUUUGAUGGCUUUUUAAAAUUGUCUCUGCCUCUCUUAAAUGAUUUAAGAGUGUGGCCUGUUAAGUGUGUCACAGUUCCAUUAUUUAAGAGUCUGGGACUGUUGAGUGUGUCACAGGUCCAUUUGUAUAUAUGCAAAUGUAUGUAUGUAUAGAUAUCACUGAAGGGGUGGCUCAAAACUCUAAUUCAUGCAGACCCACCAUUAGCUCAGCCUCCCUGCCCAGGCUGUGGGAUAUUGGGGUCCAAAGGUUUACCAGAUCCUUUGGUGACAUUCGUAGGGAGCAUUGGGGAGUCAGCACCUACCCCAUCACUUCAGAAUCGAGAGAAAGGGUCCCACAGGCCUCUUCUCCCGACUUCUGAGGUUUAGACAAGCUGCUUCUGGGUGGACUGGUCAAAUUAGGAGGCCUGCUUCAAGCAAUCUGUGGAGCAUGCUGAGUCAUUGUGAAAGCCUUGAAGAAAAGUGACCUUUUAAGAAAGGAGCACCAUUUAUUUCUAUUUAUUUCCCUCAAUAGGGUUUUUUUUUUUUUUCCAGAGGGGAGGUAGUUUUUCCCCAACCCUUCUGGGUAACCUAACAGUUCUGGUUAGAAAUUGUCCCAAGGACCUGUGGGAAGAGGGACUGUCCCCUUCUGUUUGAAGACAGUAUGGUUCUGGUCUGGGCCCAGCCACCCUGAUGGUCAUCCUGAGGGGGCAUGGACAGGCCUGACCUGUAGCUGGAUCAGAGCCUUGUACACUAGCUCUUUGGGGACCCCACUGCUCUCUUGUGUUGAGCCUGGCCUGGGGGAAAGAUUAGAAACCUGUGAGGACACAGAGAAGUUAGUGCCAGUGUCCUAGUAGGGACCUCAGGAUAAUUGGUUUUGGAAGAGGACUCUUCUAUCUGCUGACAGCCACUGUCUGUGGGCUCCUUCUGCCCUUCAGUCUAGCCGCAGAGGUGACAAUCACAUCUCUCCCUGUGCCUGGGAAGCACCGUGGGGAAGAAGCCCAACCCCUGGACACCACCUUCCACUGUCCUGGGAGACUUCUGUAGAGUGGGGUGGAAGGAGAGAGAAGUGUUGGUCCUUUGGGGCCCCUGAUCUUUCCUAAGACUAGCCGAAAACUGCUGUCCAUCUGUCUGUCUGUUGCUGGGGGGAGGGGUGUUGGGGUGCUGGCUGGGCCACUGUGUGAAGCAGCGUGUGUCUAAUUGAACGGAUGUUCUGCGCUCUGCUAAUUGAGAGAGCGUUAUUUAUUUGUUUUGACACAAGUGCUCGCAGUGUUUCAGCCCAGCUAAUGGCUUCUUAAAGGUAAUAAAACCCUCCAACCUAAUUGGCCAGAUAAGACUGUUUUCCUUGUGUGCUUAAAUAAAGCAAUUAGUGGAGCGCUUCUAUCCAAAAUGACUUUUUUCUGUCCUAACUAAUUCACCGCUACUGGAAACUUUGUACAAUAAAGCAGUCUCACAGACGAAGAGCA